CAUGGCGACAAGCACGCUAACAGGGCAGGUGCAGGAGGGAGGCCAGGCCCGGGAGCGCAGGAUGGCGCAGAACCUGUACAGUCCGCGAGUACGGCUGGGCAACUGGAACGAGGACAUCUACCUGGAGGAGCGUGAUGUGCUUCUGACCUGUAAGCUACCAGUAUCUGUAGAUUCAGGACUACUGCUGACCUUUUGGGUUCCCCUCAUUUUCUCUUUCAUCAGGAGCUCAUGAAGGACUUUUUGGAGAAGAGAGAAAAGGGACAGCUUCUCAUUCAGAGAAAUAGACGACUCAAAGAGAAUCUUUUGAGACCGAUGCAGCUUUCCAUAUCUGAGGAUGGGUACGUUCACUGUGGCGACAAAGUGAUGCUUGUGAAUUCCGACUACCCUGAGACAGAAGCCCAUCUGGUUUUGGGCGGGGACCUGAGCCUGUGCAUGACCCCAGAUGAAAUUCAAGCCCACCUGAGUGAUGAGUUAGAGGUGCCCUGUGGCCUGAGCGCAGCUCAAACCAAGAUCCCAGUUGGCAGAAACACUUUUAUUAUUUUGAGUGAGGACAGGAAUGCCAUGGGUCAAGUCCUUAGAUAUGGACAGAACUUCUGCCUUGCGAUAACAGGAGGAUUUGAAGGCAAAAUGCUGUAUUUAUCAAGUGACCACAGGACCCUGCUGAAGUCGUCAAAGAGGUCUUGGCUUCAGGAGGUGUACCUGACAGAUGAGGUCUCCUACCUGAACUGCUGGCAGGCUGCCUUCCUCGACCCCCAGCUACGCCUGGAGUAUGAAGGCUACCCCAUUCCGGCAAAUGCAAAAGUUAUCAUCAAUCACUGUCACACGAAUCGGGGACUGGCAGCCCACCGGCACCUAUUCUUAAGUACCUAUUUUGGAAAAGAAGCUGAAGUGGCGGCUCACACACAUCUGGAUUCACAUAGAGUUGAAAAGCCAAGGAACCAUUGGAUGUUGGUGACUGGGAAUCCCCGCAAAGACUUGUCCACCAUGUUGGACCUGCCUAAGCCACCGGCGGAGGACAGCCGAGCCCUGGAGCAGGCCACCAAAGCCCUGGAGCAGGCCGUGGACCCAGGGGUGCAAUGACCCCAGGUGCACCUGCUCAACGGUCAGCGGGGGCGGUCAGGACCUCUACCUGACUGGCCACACGAUCUUGCAAUGAUUUUUUCCAAGUGCAAAAUAGUCUUUGAAACUGGCGCAUUUGCCAUGGCAGCUAUGUGAUCAGAAAGUUCCUGACAAAAUAAAUAUUUUUCCCUUCCACAUA